AUGGCCGUUGUCCACGACGCACCAGAUCCUGCCAUCAAUGGUUCUCCAAGCCGUCCACCACUGCAACCCACCGGAAUUCUCGAUGGAAUCCAUCACGUCGACUUGACUCCGGUCAUAGGCCGCGAGUUUCCUACAGCCCGUUUGGCGGAUUGGAUCCAUGCGCCCAAUGCGGACGAGCUUUUGAAGGAGCUUGCAUACAUCAUCUCAUCCCGAGGGGUCGUGUUCUUUCGAUCGCAGGACAAUCUGACCAACGAAAUGCAGAAGCGACUGAUGCAACGACUGGGAGAGCUAUCGGGCAAGCCCGCCGAUUCCACGUUACACAUCCAUCCCGUGCUCAACACGUCGAGCAAUGUGGCCCAGGACCGCGAUCCCGACCAAGAGAUCUCCACCAUUUCGUCCAGCCUCAUCCGACAGCUCGGCUCCUACCGCAGUGCCGAGUCCGGACUGAGUGGCAAGAAGCAGACGAGUACGGGCUCAUGGCAUUCCGACAUUGGAUAUGAAGUCGUUCCAGCCGACUACACCAGCUUGCGGCUGACGCAACUGCCCACCACGGGAGGCGACACAUUGUGGGCAUCGGGAUAUGAGAUCUACGACCGCAUUUCCCCGCCGUAUCAGAAGUUCCUCGAGGGACUCACGGCGACCUUCGGCCGGCCGGAUUUUCUCGCUGCCGUUCAGAGUCACGGCUAUGAAUUGUACUCCCAGCCUCGUGGUUCUCCCCAGAACGUCGGUGGCGCUCUGACUGCGGUUCACCCGGUCGUCCGCACGAAUCCUGUCACGGGCUGGAGGAGCGUGUAUCCCGUGGGGCAGAACGCACGAUUCAUCAACGGAGUCACGGCGGAAGAGAGCGAGAGCUUGCUGCAGUGGUUCAAGGCAUUGCUGAUACACAAUCACGACGUGCAGGUUCGAUUUCGCUGGCAGAACGUGAACGAUGUCGCCAUUUGGGACAAUCGCUGCACCUUCCACACUGCCACGUAUGAUUUCGACGGCCUUGGGGAACGCAGUGGCAACCGAGCGGUCGGUAUCGGAGAGGAGCCGUACUUUGACCCGGCAUCACAGUCGCGCAGAGAAGCGCUCGCUGGUCAGGCUAUUGGGAGUCCGUUCAAGGAUGGUCAGGAUCCGGGCGGAUUGGGGAUGAGAGUGGGAGUGUAA